UAUUAGCUAACCUGGAAUUGUCGUCAUUUAAUGGGACAAUGUGCAUUAGAUGGACAUUAUAAUUCUCAUAAUAGAAAGCAUACCUGAGAGCAAAGAUAUGGACACUUGCCUGAAACGUUUAAAACAGGAAAUGAUUUCCAUGAGGGAGGCGGGCGAUGGUCUCCAGGCUCAGAUGAACUCUAUGAUGGGAGUGCUGCAUGAGUUGAAACUGCUUCAGGUGCAGACUGCAUUGGAACAAUUGCAGAUCUCCUGCAAACCUGGUCACCUCUUCCAGCACUCUCUGAACGAAGCCACCGUCAUGGGUACACUGCUUACAGACAAGGUAGGACAUGCCACAAGAGGAACUAGACAAAAGGAUGCACGUAUCUCAGAAAGGUCAAAGAAUCAUGCAUUCACAAAGGAACCAAGCAUGUCAGACUUAGAAAUGGAACCAUCCAUGUUCUUCACCAGCUCCCCAUUUGAGAAGAGUAGUCUGGCUCCAUGCCAAGUAUCCAGGGGGCAGGAACCAAGAGAAGUCAACCACCAAGGAAGCCUUUGCACAUCUGUCUCCUUCUGCAGCUCUGAUGAUGUCAGCUUCUCCUCGCAUGACGUUCAAGAAAGAGCCCCUUUGAGUGACAGCCAUCCAGCCUUGAGGUCCAUGUGUGAGGAACAUCAACCUGCAUUCCAGCCAGCCACAAUGGCAGAGCUCCAGGGACUAAUGGAUACGCUUUCACGGGAAGGCCCCUCCAUCGACAGUGACUUCUCUCACUGUGACACAGAUGACUCCAGCGACUGGACAUCCUCUCUGAUGAACCACAGCCGAAACAGGCAACCCCUGGUGCUCGGAGACAACGUCCUGGCUGACCUAGUGGGCAACUGGCUCAACUUGCCUGAGGUGGAAGGCCGGAUGGCAGGUAGCGAGGAGAAGGCAGGAAGGUUUCCUGAAGUGUCUGGGAGCCCGCUGCAUCUCAGCUGCUCUGGGGAAUUCUGCAGACGCCUCUCCCUUACUGCCAGUGUCUUCAAAAGGGUCCUGCGCAGUGUUCGGCCCAACUGGGACAAACUGCUCAAGGAGAGGCCCGGGUGGCAAGGCACAGAACAGGAAAAGAAGGAGAUCUUUAAAAGACCCCAAACAAAAAAUAAAGGGUCCAAACCAAAGAGAAGUUUCUAUAGACCCUUCUGGAUGAGAGCUGAUGGACUGAGAGGGAAACGCAGGCCAAAACCAGCCAACGUUGAGCUCAGGGGUGCGAAAGGGCCCAUAUUUGACUACAGUUUUGCAAUCUGGGUCUAAGGCCUUCUGAGAAAAUGAUAUAAUGACAUGGGCUGAAACUGAGGUCUUAAGUAAAGAUGGUGAAUCACUAUGGAAUGUGGAGUUCAGAUAACUAAAAUGAUGGGAAUUUCAAGAGUAAAGCUUUUUUUAAAUGAAUAAUCAAAUGUCAUGUCAUAAAAAUACUUGCAUAGUGAAUGCUGAGCUCUCUCUUUCCAUCUCGUCAUCAAGAUUGUUGUUCCAAAGACAUUUAGAGAGACUUUAAAUGAUUUUAUUAAUUAAUUUCUUUAUUUACAUGAAACAAAUGGUCUUGCAGGUCCAAGCAGUUUUAUACCUCCUUCUGAAUAGAACCUCUAAAAUAUAAUAUUCAAUAUCCAGUAUAUCCUGACUUUGCAAAAAAUAAUUACUGCAUUUCUCUCAAAAAGUAUAAAAAACUGACAUGAAUAGAAGCAGUUAUUGAGUUUGGUAAAGUCCCUUUUGGGGGAAAAAAAACAAACAAACAAAACAAGCUGUCUGUUCCUGCUUAGUCAAAUUAACUAGUGUCAAUCUGUUCAUUGAUUAACUCUCUGUUUAGGCAAGCGUUUAAGGCAGGGAUAUCAAACUACCAGUCAAAAUACAAACAGUGCUGAUUCUCCAACAAUGCUCGAACAGUGCUGAUUCUCCCCAGACCACCUGUGUUCACACACUCUGGAAAAGCAUUAUUAGAAACUUCCACUAAUAAUCUAAUGCCUAUAAUCAUCUAUAUAUAAACUUAUGGAUGCCACAUUGUUGUCCGGAUUCCUAUAUGACUACAUUUUAUAAAAGAUAUACAUAUAAAAAUGUUACUACAGUUAAUUGGCACAGCUGGCACAAUGGUCUAGUUACAAAUGUAAGCCACUUGCAGUACAAUACCUCUAUUUUAUUAAAUCCUUGGCAGGUCAAUAUGAAAGUCAGCACAAUGAUAAAAUCAGGUUAGGCCAAAUAUUCACACUAAGUAUUUUAGAUAUCCAUUAGUAUACUACAUUAAAGUUAUGAGCUUCAGUGCACACAGCAGGCUACAUUAUAAUCUUCAUAAGCACUUUUUUUUCUUUUUACUUAGUUAUAAAUUUUUUCCAAAUUGACCAAAUGUUACUGUGUUAUUCUCUUAUUAAACUCCUUCUAUGCAAUUACCUCAUGUCUUAUGUAGGUAUUUUUGAAUGGAAGAAUUCACUAAUUCACCAGUUUGUACAUAUUUAGUAAAGUGGGUAAACAUUUGCUUAAUAUAUAAAGUUACAGUCAAGAAACAAACAUAUGAAUUAAAAGAUACUACUCCACAUCUCGCUAGACUGGGAGAAAUGGAACAAGUUAGUGCCAAGUCUUCUGCUUCCUGUCAUUCUCUCCUGUUUCCUCUGGUCUUUGAAUUUGUAAACAAAGUAAAUAUGCAUUAACUGUAUAAGCCUUUUUAACUUACCCAUCACAAGGACAACACAACAGGAGACUAUGGAGGCAUUGCUAGAAUAACCUCUGAUGCAAGAACAUAUCAACACAAAAUAGACUAGUCAAUGUAAUGUGUUAAGUGCAAAUAGCACUUAAGAGACCAGUCAAUCGUGGAAUUUAGAUUUCAUUUUCAUUAUAUGCUUAAUGUCAACUGUUUUAUGUUGCAGUUCAACAGAAGCUACAGUAAGAAGCUUACACCAGAGACCUCCCGCAUCCUUUUUUAAGCAAGCCAACUUCUUUAUGUUCUUCAUGUUCAACAUCUGGCCAAAAUCCCUCUUUAUCAAAUCUUAAAUCAGACACAGAUGACUUUUCAUCUAUUCAGCAGGCCGUGAGAGAGGUCAUCAUGGUGCCCAUGGGCCUAAAACCAUGGUUUCUCCCAGAAGCCAUAACUGCAUGUGUGGUCACAUUUCCUAGUGUUAGCUCACUUUUUGUUAUAUUCUCAUUCUGUUACAUUCUCAUUGCUUGCUAAUACCUUUAAUGUAAAAGUCAUCAAAAUGAAAUAAAUAGUUUGAUAGAAACUCAGACAUUGAUAAACAACCAUAAUUUAAAAACUGAUUCCAUUUUUUUUAAAUAUCAUAGACCCAUCCAAGUGUUUUUCUCCUACUAAAUUGCCAUUUUGUUUUACAGAAGCUACUUUCUAGACCAAGACUCAAACCAGCUUCAGUCAUACAUAGUGCAGAUGUCACAGAUGACGAUCAGUGCUGUGACUGUUACCAUCGGACUCUUUAAUAUCAAGCUCUGAGGACAUAUAUGCUCCCAUGCACACUCAGACCCCACAAGCAAAACCAGCCCUCCGGACAAACAGGUGUGAGGGCAGAGAAGUUCAUAUGGAAUUCACGAGCACCAUUUGGCAGAUAUUUGUUCCGAUUCAGGAAGGAAGAGGUGGGAAGUGGGGCGUGCACAUGGAAGGCUACAGCUGUUUUAGAACACAUCCUUUCUCUCUCACGCAGUCAUUCAAACACACAGGCUUUCGUGAUAGAAGUGUAUUUGAGCCCGUCUUGGAACCAGCUACCAUAGCUUUGCUAGCUAUCCUUUGUUCAUUCUCAACACACAGCAAACUGCCCUUUUUUCCCCCCCUUUGUUCACCAGAAAAUGGUCUGAUAAAAAAGAAGAAUAAAAUGCAUUUUAUUCUUCUUUUUUAGUUUGACAGAAUGGACAAAGUGAAAUUAAAAAUAUUUCCAAGUCAGUGAGUCCACAAAGUGCAUUGUUUGCCUUUAACCAUUAAGCCUGAGAAUUUCGCCAUUCAUUUUAAAUCGCUUUCACAAAAAUGAAGCAAAAUACACCAAUCUACUUCCCACACCACACACAGGUAACGACUAAACGCAUCCUACUUUAAAAUGACUGGUCAAUCUAAAAUCAUUACCAAAACAUAGAACACUGGCCACACACUAGAAUUCUACUUAAGCUAAUAAUGCUUUUGUUCUUUAGUGAACGUCUUUCCCUAAUUACAGGCAGACAGUCCACCAGAGGGCUGAAGCCCAUGUUUAGUUAAUAUUUAAAUCUAAAAAGACCUAAAAGUGAUUUGAUGUUAACUGUAAAAAGUGAAAGUAAAAAGUGGCAGCAGAUAAGUAAAGCACGAGUUCUAAAAGCUAAAACAGCUCUGCCAACUAGAAUUCUAAAAAACCCCACAUGUAAAGAGCCUCUAUGCUAUUAAAAAAUAAAUCUUGUAAAAAUAAAAUAUAUGAUUAUAAAAAUAAUCGACUAAUAAAGGGCGCACACAAUAGGAUGUUGAGCAAAGUCAGUGAUUUGUUUCCCUCUAGUGGACAAAAUCAAUCAUCCUCUCUGAUCCAGAUAUAGCCUACAUAGCUUCCUGCACCAUGCCUUUGAACAACUUAUUAAAUGCAGUUAAAAUGCAGACUAAUAUUAGACUAAAGGUAUAUUUUACAAACCUAACAGAAAUGUGAUACUGCUUUAAGGUUUUUUUUUUUUGUACAAAUGAGAAUGUCACUUAUGAGAUGUACACUCAAAUCAAUAUGAAAUACAUUUAUUCAAAAAAAAAAAAAAAAAUUGUCAAACAAAACCAGCUAGAAACACCUAGCAUCACCUUGACAACUAAGAGAUUCAUGAAUAAGGAAAUAAAAUCAAACACUUGUGACACGAUUAUUCUUUUUACUUUGUCUGGUUGUUUGACAAUGCAGUAUUAACUGAUUAUUGGUUAAAACAUGGAGAAGUCAACACUAUCAAAGGGACAAGUUCAUUCUUCUCCUAGACAGGCACAAAAACUGAUCUAACCAUCCAGAGGAAAGCAAAUGCCUUAAACAAAAUACAAAAGACGGAAGAAAUUAAUGAAAAUGUACUAAAAUUUAAUAAUUCAUAAAAGCUGGAAAAUUACCACUUUGAGUGUGACAGGAGAACACAGAAAUAUUAGAGUUGGCUUUAGUACAAUAUACUUUUUAGCACAAAAGACAGAAAUCCAUUGUGUUAUUCUUCCCCAUCUUUCAACAUAAAACACUUCCCCCCAAACUCACAGAUGCAAGAAAGAGAGAGAGAAAAAAAAAAAAAACA